AUGCCAACAGAGACACUCGCUCCAGCUCUGCCAGAUAGCAAGGCCGCUGGCGCUGCAACACCCUUCAGUUCUGCCGUACCCCUCCGAAUUCUCAACAAGGGCCCGGAUUACUUUAGGAGACAGGUUGAACCCAACCCAAAACGCCUGAGUGCCGUCGAGAGACUGGAAGCUGACAAAGCAAAGUAUGUCAAGAGCCAAGAAGUCAUCAACGCCAAACAGGAACCCAUCAAACCUCCGAUUCUGGCCAAGCCUCCGAUCGUCCUUUCCAAGAGAACCUCUGGCGUUUGCGGCGGAGCACCACCUUUCAAACCUUCCAAUAACAACGCCAAGUCAGACACGUGCGCGACCGGCAGCGCCGGCGGCAAACGGGAGAAUUUAAACCUGGAGAUCCUAAAGAAUCUCCUUAACUCAUCGUCUUCUUCGGGAGCCGGGUCCAAAGGCCUCGGUGGUGGCGCUAAGAGUGCCGUGUUGAUGAGGUCAUCUGGGGGAUUGACAAGAAGUUGGACGCCGUCCAGGAUGCCAUUAACCUACCAAUCCACCAUGGCUCUGAACGAGCAACCCCGAGACUCUGCUCCCAGUCCCAGCACUUCACAUUCUCUGCGCUCAUUUUCCCAUUCCUUGAAAGUACCUCCGGCGCGCGGCGGCGGACGCUGCAGUCCGCAGCUGCUGGGAAACCUCAAUCUCAGCCGAGUAUCGGAUGAAAGAGGCGGCGAAGGACGGGGCGCGGAGAGAUCGCGGUCUCCGCUACCGCCGCUGCUGACGUCGCACUCCUCCUCCGACCUCCUGCGACUGUGCAACGGCAAACCGCUGCGCGCGGCGCGAUCCAGCAGCUCCUCGGCUCCGCCGCUUCCCCCGAAACCUCACCCCGCGUCCCUACCGCCUCCCGCCCUGUCGCUGCCCCCGCCUCAGGCCGCCGACGCGCCGGCGGAUCCCAACCCGGAGCUCGGUUCUUCCGUCGCGCGUCGUUCCUCGCUACACAGGUCAAAAUCGGACCUGUCGGACAGGUACGCCCGGGCCGGGGCCGACGUGGAACGCUUUUUUAACUACUGCGGCCUCGACCCCGAGGAGCUGGAGGCCGUCGGGCCGGAGAGCUUCGCCCGGGCCAAUUCCGACAUCGUCAGCUUGAACUUCAGAUCGGCUUCCAUGAUUUCCUCGGACUGCGACCGCUCGCGCCGGUCCUCCAACGACGGGCUGUCGGACGGGGACGAGGCGGAAGACGAGGACGAGGAGGCCGGAGAGCGAGUUCCUUACGGCAUCUCGGCCGUGGAGCGCAACGCCAGGGUCAUUAAAUGGCUGUACAGCAUCAAACAGGCCAGAGAGACGCAAAAAGUCUCUCAUGUCUAG